AUGCCGGGUGAGAAGAGGCAGGCUGGAGCAGUGCUGUGCCUCACCAACGCUCCUCGAGAAGUUGUGGACGGACGGUUUGACAGGCAGGUGCCCUUGGCGUGGACAAGUUCCCGAGUCAAGCGAGUUGUGAGAUCCACGUUAGUUGCGGAGGCAUACAGCAUCAGCGAGGCUAUGGAGCAUGGCCAGUUUCUACGACAGUUUCUUCAGGAGUUAUAUAAGCCAGCCAACGCCAAGCUCAAGGAUGUUGAGAGGCUGCGCGCAUCAAGGCCGAUUCUGGCUGUGACGGACAGCGACAAUCUGAAGGGCACUCUGAAUAAGGAUAGUGGUUCAGUUGCGGACAUAAGAUUACGCAUUGUCGUUUCCAUGCUUCGUGAGAGUGUUGAGGCACAAGAGAAUACUGCACUGAUUUGGACGAGGACUGAAGCAAUGGUAGCUGACGGCCUGACUAAGAGUUUGGUGGACAUUGCGAUUUUGAUUGCCUUCUUUGUUUCCAAGAAGUUCGAGAUCUCACCUCCGCAGAGGAAGCGACGGGCCGCGAAGCCAACAACAGCUGACUUCAUUGACAAGACGAUCGACCACGAGGGGAUCGGGCACCACGCUGAGGAGAUCAACCGCGAGUGGAUCGGGCACCACGUCCGGCGGAUUAACCGCGAGUGGAUCGGGCACCACGUUCGGCGGAUCAACCGCGAGUAG